UUCAUUUUUGAUUAUUUAGAAAGCAGAGAAAAAAGGAAAAGAAAAGAAGAAAAUGGAGAAGUAUCAUCAGAUCUGGUUGGCCUUUGGUACCUUGGCUUUGUUAGCUGUAUCAGCUGCAGGAGACGAUGUCGUCGUGUUAACAGAAGAUAACUUCGAGAAGGAAGUCGGUCAAGACAGAGGCGCUCUCGUUGAGUUCUACGCUCCUUGGUGUGGGCACUGUAAGAAGCUUGCUCCUGAAUAUGAGAAGCUCGGAAGUAGCUUUAGGAAGGCAAAGACUGUUUUGAUUGGAAAGGUGGACUGUGAUGAGCAUAAGGGUGUAUGCAGCAAAUAUGGGGUUUCUGGAUACCCAACUCUUCAAUGGUUUCCUAAAGGAUCGCUCGAACCUAAAAAGUAUGAAGGACCACGUACUGCAGAAGCCCUUACUGAGUAUGUCAAUACUGAAGGAGGGACUAAUGUGAAGAUAGCUGCAGUGCCAUCCAAUGUAGCGGUGCUAACUGCUGAUAAUUUUAAUGAUAUUGUCUUGGAUGAAACCAAGGAUGUUUUGGUUGAGUUUUAUGCACCAUGGUGUGGCCAUUGCAAAAACCUAGCUCCUACCUAUGAAAAGGUAGCUACCGCGUUUAAAUCUGAGGAAGAUGUCGUGGUCGCCAAUCUAGAUGCUGACAAACAUAAGGAUCUAGCUGAAAAGUAUGGAGUAAGUGGAUACCCUACGUUGAAGUUCUUUCCAAAAGGCAACAAAGCUGGGGAAGAGUAUGAGGGCGGGAGAGAUUUGGAUGACUUUGUUGCUUUCAUUAAUGAAAAGUCUGGAUCCAGUCGUGAUGGAAAAGGACAACUAACCUCAAAGGCUGGUAUUGUUGAAAGUUUGGAUGCCUUGGUAAAAGAGUUCGUAGCUGCUGGAGAUGACGAGAAGAAAGCAGUCUUUUCCCAAAUUGAAGAGGAAGUUGAGAAACUCAAGGGUUCUGCAGCAAGGUAUGGAAAGAUUUAUUCAAAGGCUGCCAAGAAUUGUAUGGCUAAAGGUGCUGAUUAUGCCAAGAAUGAGAUUGAGCGGCUACAGCGCAUGCUUCAAAAGACAAUCAGCCCAGCAAAGGCAGAUGAAUUCACCCUGAAGAAGAACAUUCUAUCUACCUUUGCUUGAUCUUCUGAUCUUUUGUUUCCUCAUCAAUAUUUUGGAGGCAAACAUCAUCCAGUUUUUGGGGAAUCGUUUUUGCCAUCACCACUGUUUACUUUGACGGUAUCCGGGCAAGGCUUCUCCUGACAGUGAAAAUCGGUAUCCCAUGGACAUCGACUGAGCGAGUUCCCUAAUACGAAAUGAUUUUGAGAACCUCAACUAGCUAGUGCAGUAUAUUUAUAUGCCUUAUUUUUCCGUCUGUGCUAUUGUUUACAGUGGAAAGACGCUUUUAAUUUUUGAAUGAAACGUGCAUUAGACAAA